UAAUUGGUUAGUAAUUUAUAAAAAUUCAUUGAUAAUGCCAGCUUCAAAUUCUAUAAGUGUUGCUGUUAUUUGUUCAAGUAAUAUGAACAGAAGUAUGGAAGCUCAUGCAUUUCUUAGUAAAAAGGGUUUCAAUGUCAAAUCUUUUGGUACUGGCGAUAAAGUUAAAUUACCCGGAAAUGCUCCAGAUCGUCCAAACAUUUAUGACUUUGGUACAACAUAUGAAGAUAUCUACAAUGAUUUGCUGACUAAAGACAAACAAUAUUAUACACAAAAUGGCCUUUUACACAUGUUAGAUCGUAAUCGUAGAAUUAAAUCUAAACCUGAAAGAUUUCAGUUGUCAAAAGAUAAAUUUGACAUUUUAAUAACGUGUGAAGAACGAGUGUAUGAUCAAGUAAUUGAAUGCAUGGAAUCAAGAUCACAAGAAGAUAAUCAAACUGCUCAUCUUAUUAAUAUUGAUAUUCAAGAUAAUCAUGAAGAAGCAACUGUAGGAUCAUUUCUUAUUUGUGAAUUGGUUUCAGUGCUAGCAAAUAGUGACGAUCUUGAUAAUGAUAUUGAUGAACUUCUUCAUGAGUUUGAAUCUAAAUUUGAUAAGUCAAUAUUACACACUGUAUUAUUUUAUUGAAAU